GCCAGUGCACUCAGAGCGAGCGAAGAGACGUGGAGCAGAGCGGCUGCAAAUAAAACAGAGUGCUCUGCAUAUAGUCGAGAGCGCCAAGGGGCUAUGCUAUUGCUGCAGAUAAUGCAGGGCGCCACCAGCAACCAUCGAUGCGCGACGCUCUCCACCGCACGCUGCGGUGUCCUCCCCGCCCACCCACACCCGCGGGUCGCCGUCCCCGUGCCACGCCGGCGCGCGCGCGCGGUCACCGCCGUCUCGGCCAGGCCACGCCGCGGAGGCGCGCGCGGGGACCGCUCAUGGGACGACGACGGAGGCGGCGGCGACGAGGACGGCAUCGACGAGAGCUUCUUCGGGGACGCGCGAUACGAGGAAGAAGACGAGCCGGAGGAGGAGGAGCCGCCGCCUUUGGGGCCGGGGCGACGGACGGCCGCAUCGCCGGAGUCGGCCGGGGGGCAGCUGCGCGGGUCGGACGUGCUGCGCGCGCUGCAGCGGGCGGCCGCCGCGAAGGAGGCCAAGAAGAGGAGCAAAAGGGGCGCCGGCGCAGCGCGGCCGGCGGCCACCCGGCGGAAGGAGAAGGCCGUGGGGGAGGCGGUGACGGGGGAGGUGAGGCCGAUAGAGAUAAGGCGCGAGUGGGCGCCGAGGAUCCGGGAGCUGGAGCUCAGGGUGCAGCAGCUGCUCCACAAGCACCAGUAGGAACCGCAAAUCGUAGGCCCUGUUUGUUUCAUAAGUCCUAUGACUUUUUUUAAGUCCUAACUUAUAAGUCAUAAGUCCCUACCUGUUUGUUUACAGGGACUUAUAAGUCCCGAGUUCCUACCUGUUUGUUUACGGGGACUUAUAAGUCCAUGUUGCACCAUACCAGUUGCUACAUGUGUUAGCAAAAAUUCAACAACCCUAAUGCAGUACUCGAUCAAGCUGAGACGUAGGUACCAUACCAGGAUAUUUACUAGCGAACCUGCAGAUGAACUAGCGA